GGAGAGGAGGAAGGAAGGAAAAGAUCACUCUCUCCCCGGUUGCUCGUUCGUGUGCGAUCGCAGGAAAUAUAAAUAAACAACUCUCGGGAAAAAAAAAAGUUCGAAUAAAACCGCGGACUGGACUGCCUUCGGGCGCAAGAAGCGCGCGCACGGGGACAAGACAGGACAGUGGCGGUGACGCGCCCAGCGGAGUCUCGUCCCUCGCGUGCUUUCACACUCCGAGUCCUCCCGGAGCUCUUUGGACUCUCCGUCAAGUGGCCGUUCGAUAACGCGGGUUUUAGGGUGCUAGCUGUGAACUUUUUCGUGUUCAACGUGUGCGGGGGAGGGAGACGGAGAGAAACAAGCUCCGCCUAAAGUAUCUAGGCUAAUUAACUUUCUCCCCGGAAGAAGGAUUCCGGAGUCGAAACGAGGAGGAGGCGGACGACGGGGCGACUUGCAUUUUCGACCCGAGGAUUCGCUGCUGGCUGUGGCCGAGGUUUAGGCGUUGGCACCCGGGAAGACCGUUCCCAGCCAUGGCCGGGGCGAAGCCCGGGGUGCACGCUCUGCAGCUCAAACCGGUGUCCGUCCACGAGCUGCUGAAGACUGGGAGCAAGUUUAUCAAAUGGGACGAGGAACCCAACAGCGGCCCCCCCAGCCUGGUCACCCUGGAGGUGGAGCCCAACGGAUUCUUCCUCCGCUGGAAGAGUAGUGGAGCCAACCAGGAGUGGGAGAUCUUGGACAUCAGCACCAUUAGAGACACCAGGACGGGGAAGUUUGCCAAGCUGCCCAAGGACCAACGAGUGCGUGAGGUGCUGGGCAUUGGCAAGGUCGAAGACAUGACGAUGAUGACAUCGAAGCUGGUCACGAUCGUCCACGGCAACGACCUGGUCAACGUCUCCUUCCUAAACUUCCAGGCCGUGGAACAUGAGACCGUCGCCAAGAUAUGGACGGAGGAGCUCUUUAAGUUGGCUACGAACAUACUUUCCCAGAAUGCAUCGCGGAACACCUUCCUUCGCAAAGCGUACACAAAGUUAACUCUGCAGAUGAAUCAGGAGGGGAAACUCCCAGUGAAGCACAUCCUGAAGAUGUUCUCAGACAAACGGCGAGUAGAGAUGGCGCUGGAGCAGUGCGGCCUCGCCACCAACAAGACGGAGGGCAUCAAGGUAGAAGACUUCACCUGGGAGGCCUUCCAGAGGUUUCUCGACAGCCUGUCCCUGCGACCUGAGAUACAGAGCAUCUUCGAGGACAUCGGCUCUAAGAGGAAGCCCUUUAUCUCUCUUGACCAGCUGAUGGACUUCAUCAACCAGCUGCAGCGGGACUCGCGCCUCAACGAGGUCCUCUACCCCCCCCUGAAGCGGGAGCAGAUCCGCCAGAUCAUGGAGAAGUACGAGAGCAAUGCCAGCCAGCUGGAGAGAGACCAGAUCAGCCUGCUGGCGUUCACGCGCUACCUGGACGGGGAGGAGAACACCAUCGUCCCCCCAGAGAGGCUGGACCUGAUCGACGACAUGAACCAGCCCCUGGCUCACUACUUCAUCAACUCCUCCCACAACACCUACCUCGCAAUGGGUCAGCUGACGGGCCCCUCCUCGGUGGAGAUGUACCGGCAGGUGCUGCUGACGGGGUGCCGCUGCAUCGAGCUGGACUGCUGGAAGGGCCGGCCCCAGGACGAGGAGCCCUACAUCACCCACGGCUUCACCAUGACCACCGAGAUCCCCUUCAAGGAGGUGAUUGAGGCCAUCGCAGAGAGUGCCUUCAAGACCUCAACGUACCCUCUCAUCCUCUCCUUCGAAAACCACGUGGACUCGGCCAAGCAGCAAGCCAAGAUGGCCGAGUACUGCAGGACCAUCUUUGGCGAUGCCUUGCUCAUUGACCCCCUGGAGAAAUACCCGCUGCUCCCGGGCCUGGCCCUGCCCACCCCCCAGGAGUUGAUGGGGAAGAUCCUGAUCAAGAACAAGAAGAAGCACCACCACCCCCACCGGCCCUCCAGCGGGGGCAGCAUCCGCCGCCGGGAGCUGGACGGGCAGUCCCCGCCCAACCACGACUGUCCUUUGAUGGACAGCGAUGGGGCCCAGCUCUUGUCCAAUGGAGAAGAGAAGCUGGCUGAGGGGAUGGUCAAGGAAUCGGAACCCCGCAAGUCUAUUGGAGGCGAGGGUGAGAGUGAUGAAGAGGAGGAGGAAGACACCUUACCUGAGCUGAAGAAACCUAACUCUGACGAGGGUACGGCCAGCAGUGAAGUGAACGCUACAGAGGAGAUGUCCACUCUGGUGAACUACAUAGAACCCGUCAAGUUCAAGAACUUUGAGGUCGCCACCAAGAGGAAGAAGUUUUUUGAAAUGUCGUCGUUUGUGGAGACCAAAGGCAUGGACACACUUAAGAGUGCGCCCAUCGAGUUUGUCGAGUACAACAAGAACCAGCUGAGCAGGAUCUACCCCAAAGGCACCCGGGUGGACAGCUCCAACUACAACCCUCAGCUCUUCUGGAACAUGGGCUGCCAGAUGGUGGCGCUCAACUUCCAGACGCUGGACCUGCCCAUGCAGCUCAACAUGGGCGUGUUUGAGUACAACGGUCGCACCGGCUACCUGCUGAAGCCAGAGUUCAUGAGGCGAACCGACAAGCACUUUGACCCCUUCACUGAGAACAUCGUGGACGGGAUCGUGGCCAACACCGUCACACUCAGGGUGAUCUCCGGACAGUUUCUGACCGACAAGAAAGUGGGCGUGUACGUGGAAGUGGACAUAUUUGGGCUUCCUGCCGACACAAAGAGGAAGUACAGAACAAAGACGUCCAAUGGGAACUCUCUGGAUCCGGUGUGGGACGAUGAAAUGGCUGGUUUCAACAAGGUGAUCCUCCCUACCCUAGCGUCCCUGAGGAUAGCGGUGUUCGAGGAGAACGGGAAGUUCAUCGGCCACCGCAUCCUCCCAGUGUCGGCCAUCAGACCGGGCUACCACUACAUCAACCUGAAGAACGAGCUGAACCAGCCGCUGCUGCUGCCCUCCCUGCUGGUCAAGACCGAGGCCCAGGACUACAUCCCAAACGAACACCAGGAGUAUGCAGAGGCCCUCACCAACCCCAUCAAGCACGUCAGCCUGCUGGACCAGAGGGAGAGCCAGCUGGCCGUGCUGAUGGAGGAGAACAGCGAGCUCGCCCCGGAGCAGCCUGAGGUACACGAGUCGGAGAAGGAGAGCGAGGCGGCCCCGGGCCGGCUCCCCUCCCCCCUCCACAACCUCCCCCCCGCCGUGGGGGAUGAGCCGUGCGACAGCAUCCCCAGUCCCGGACCAGGUCCGAGGGAGGACUUCAUAGCCUCUGUUGUAACAGAGGUGCUAGUGCAGCCCACCGAGGAGCUGAGACAGCAGAAGGGCUACGUGAAGACGCUGAAGAAGCAGAGCAAAGACCUGAAGGACCUGCACAAGAAACACCUCAAGAAGGUGUGGACCCUGAGCAAGGAGCAGAAGAGCAAGUGCAGCCAGCUCCACUCGGAAAACAUGAGGAGACGCAGCCAGAUAGAGAAGAAACUGAACCACAGCAUCAAGAAGAAUGAGUCCCCGGACCCGGCCCAGAAGCAGCUGAGGAGCCUGGAGCAGGAGCUGCAGCAGCAGACGGUGCAGCUCAGGGAGUGGCAGAUGAAGGCCCUGCUGGAGCUGCGGCGCGGGCAGCACGCCCUGGAGAGCGAGAGGAAGCACACACACCUCCAGGAGGCCUUCCAGAAGCUGAAGGAGACGGCUCAUGAGUGCCAGGCCACCCAGCUCAAGAAGCUCAGGGAGACCUGUGAAAAAGAGAAGAAGGAACUGCAGAAGAUUCUGGACAGGAAGAGACUCAACAGCAUCACUGAAGCCAAGAACCGGGACAAAGAGAAGGCCGAAACGGAGCUGAAUGAAAUCAACAGGAAACAUAUUCAGGACUCUGUCACCUCGAUCCGUGGGCUGGAGAAGGCCCAGGCCCAUCGGCUGGAUAAGCUGGUCCUGAGACAGAGGGAAGUCCUGCAGCACAUAGACGAGGAGCAGCCAAUACUCCUGUGCCGUCUAGUCCGGGAGCUGGAGGCAGAGGUCGAGCGUUUACCUGACGAGAUCCGCCAGUACCUGCAGGCGGAGCUAAAGAGCAAGGGCCUCCGUAGCGACGCCCUCUUCUCGCCGCUGACCAACAACGGCAGCCCCAGCUCGGGGUCCGCCCGCUCCUCCAACUGCUCCACCCCCAACUCCCCCCCCUCCACGCCCAACUGCAGCAUGUGGUACCAAAGCCUGGACAAUAGCACCACCUCAUUGGCCGACUCCAUCUCGGAGUGCACCAGUCACUGCAAAUCUGAGGGCGGGAUGUCUUUCAGUUAAUGUUUCAAAAGAAAAUCUAUUUACCAAAAUGCACAUGCUCAACAGGGGUCUAUAUUGAUAAUAAUAAUAAUGAACUUUACUGAUAGGGUGUAUUUACUUUGUAUGAUUUUAUUAUUUUCUGUCACUUACUAGAGGUUUUCUGUCUUUGGUUGUCGUUGUUUUUAUUGAGAGGAUGUUUAGUCGGGCAUCAUGUUAGACUACUCUUUGCGAGUCUUAAACGUUCCUACCUAAGGACCCCUCCCGAAGACUGCCUAUAAUUACUUGGUUUUAAUUUUUUUAUAUUUAAUUUUUUUAAUUGUAUGUUUUUAUUAUAUUAUUUCUUUCGCCCCAAGCCUUAGUUUGAAGCACACCUCUCUGUCUCUCUCUUACACACAAACACGCACACAGACACACAAACACAAAUGCUUUUUAAUUAUACAAAGCCUUAAAAUUUAAGGAGAGCCUAACUGGACAGCUGGACCCGUCUAUUUGUAGAUUAUGGUAUUAUUAUAAUUUCACUCAUCACUUCUAGGAAGGGAAAAUAUCUGCUUAUAUCGAUUUAAAACGUUUUAGAUAUUAUUUUUUGUUAAGUAUAAAUGCUUUUACUGCAACUGCUCCAGUGGGCCACCAAGGGGCGGUGUAGUACAAAUCUUCUUUUCAAAACCUCGCACACACUAAUAACAAGCACUAUUUAAGAGAGAAACGGAGGUUUGCCUAUUUUUUUCCUUCAAACUGGCAUGUGUGUGUGUGUGCUUCUCCUUGGCUACGACCCCUGCACAAACCAAAGCUGACAAACGCAAAUUAUAUGUUUAGUUACCACUAAUGGUUCGUUUUAUAAGUAUUUUGUUUAUAAUUUAUUUUUCAAAUAAUUUUACCCUACCCCAAAGUCUGGCUUUCUAUGUUGUGUGUGUGUGUGUGUGUGUGUGUGUGUGUGUGUGUGUGUGUGUGUGUGUGUGUGUGUGUGUGUGUGUGUGUGUGUGUGUGUGUGUGUGUGUGUGUGUGUGUGUGUGUGUGUGUGUGUGUGUGAUGGCCAGAGACAAACGCUGCUUUCUGUAAAGCUUUUAGAUUUAAUUUACCUUUUCUUUAAUGUUCUAUUUUUAAGCUCCAAGACUGUAAAUAUUCUCAAACUACUAUGUUGGACUUUUGGGGUUUUGUUCAUAAGGGGGAAGGAUAAUAAUUUAUGUGUCUCGAUCCUGAGUUUAAAAAGUUUCAUGUGAAUAUUUUUUUUAUUUUACUACUGACCACAAGUGCUCAAGAGAGAUGGAGAGUGUGAGGUGUAUGGACGAUACGGGAUGGACGACCAAUUAUGGAAGGGGGGGAAUUGUUCCUCUCUUCUCUCUACAAGCACUAGCUGUCUGUCUGACUGAUUCCCCGCCCUGUGCUUGUAGACCACCUUCAUCAGUCAUUUUGUCAAGUGGUAUUUCCUUAUUCUCUUUUUUAUUUUUUUCAUCAUUGUAACAAGCUACUGUCAUUAAAUACUUAGUUAUUAAGUACUCCAUUUUGGAGAGGCCUGCCUCUUCAUGCCUCUCAUCAUUACCCAUAAUCCCUCACGGCCCAAACAAUCACGUUGAUUAGGUUCGGUCAUCGCCAGUGUAAUGGCGGCAGACGCCCAUCCUUUAAUGUCGAUUUCAACCACAUUUUAGGAUUGCCUUUUGAGAUUCACCCUUUUCCAUAAGAAACGUGGAGAAAAUAUAUUGAAGGUAAAACCCCUUCUGUACUUAGCCUGGGAUUUAAUCAAGAAUGGCCCAAAAAAAUAGACCCAAUGCUAAUUCAAAAUCGAACCGUUUUCCAUGCUAGCCAGUUAAAAAACAGACCCGAUUGAAACUGCACGGACAUUUGUGAGUAUACACAUAGUUUCACAUCCAUAAUUUAAAUAAUUAAACUGUUUCUUGUUUGUUAUGUCAUUCCUCAUGUUCCAUAUCGAUACGACCAAGCUGAAAUAAGUUUACUUUGUUGCAGUGGAUUUUCAUUGUCCGAUGCACUUGGUAGUCUCAUUCUGAGGCCCACCUCAACCGGAUGACAAAGCUGUCAAUAAAUACGUACUUUUUCCCCACCGUCUUUUCUUUCCAUUUUUUGUUAUUUAAUAUACAACAUCUGUCUUUCAACAACGGCUAUAUGUUCAUGUUAAUGCACUUUUCUCGUCCUUGCUUUUAUCGUAAUGUAUUUUGGGUCUGACUAUGGGGUUUCUGAAUGCUAGACACAUUUUGUUAAAUGUAGUUACAAUAGAUGUCCCCAAUGUCUACUCUUCAAUUGAGCUUGAUAUAAUAUAUCACAUAGUCUAGCCUAUCACCUCAGACAGUUUGACAGUCUGAAACUAUCCCACUCAAACCAGAGUUUAGUUUGACCUCGGAUAAGGCAUUUUCUGUACUAUCAAAUGGUAUGAGUUCCACUUUCUACAGAACCCACAUGGUUAGGGAAAAAAGUUAUGCUAAUUUGGACAAUUUACAUCAAUGGAAAGAAAACCAGAAAAUAUCAGCCAAAAACAGAUGGGGCCUUUUAGGUUAGCGAUGUCAUCGUGUUCUGAUUUGUGUUUCUGAGUUUGAUUUAGUUUGCAGUAUAUUUGACAAAUUC